AUGCGUCACAUUCGGGCAAGACUGAGCCGUAAAAAGGUUCUUGUUGUUCUUGACGAUGUUGAUAAUAGUAAGCAGCUUCAAUUCUUAGCUGGUUCUCAUGAAUGGUUUGGUCUUGGUAGUAGAAUUCUGAUAACAACCAGAGACAAGCAUUUGUUAUGUGAUGCUCGGGAGAAAUAUGAACCUGAAUUGUUAAGCGAAACAGAAGCUAUGGAGCUCUUUAGUAGGCAUGCGUUUAAGGCAAACAUCCCUCCAAAGGAGUAUGGGGAGCUAUCAGGUGUUUUAGUACGCCAUACAGGUUACCUUCCUCUAGCCCUUAAAGUUUUAGGUGCUCGUUUUUGUGGUAGAAAAUUGGAUUUUUGGCAAAGCACCUAG